CUUCAGGGUACUCUAAGGUACGUACCUAAGUCUAAACUUUAGAUCCAUAAAUCGGGAACCCCACCAUUAUAUUUCUGCCUUUCUUUACCGCCUCCUUUUUUUAGUCCUACCAAGCUUCAGGUACCUAGGUACCUACAUGUCCAAUCUCUUACUAUUCCCGAGGUCCUUAAUCAAUCAUCUCCGUCUACCUUACAUUAGGUAUUCUUGCGUCUUAACACAACCGACGUAACCAUGUCUGAUAACGUUGGUCUCUCUACACCACGAGGAAGUGGUACUUCCGGCUAUGUCCAACGAAACCUAGCGCACCUGAGGCCGCGCGACCGAGCCGCUCCCUACAACACCAAAGACCUCGACAGCUUGAAGCACAGGCAGCGGCAGCCAGACAAGGAGAUCCUCGAGCACGAUCGCAAGCGCGAAGUCGAAGUAAAGGUCUUCGAAUUGCGCGAUCAGCUCGAAGAUGAAGGAGUUGACGAAGACGAGAUCGACAAACGCUGCGACGCCUUGAGGAAAGAACUGCAGGCAAAGAUGAACAAGGGCGAUAGGAGUGCCGUGCCGAGGAAACCGCUCAAGGCCCACCAGGUUCACGAACUAGCCGAUGCGAAGAUAAAAGAGAGCGAGCGGUUACGAAACGCGCUGAAGAUAAGCAAAGACUACGAAGAAGGGAGUCACUGGAAGCGGCAAGAGGAAAGGCUGAGGAAAGCCGCAGAAAGAGACUCGGCUGCUCAGAAUGACAGGGAUUAGAAUUUAUGGACACGGGAAAUCAGCAUUACUCUAUUAUUCAUUGGGUUGCGCAAAGGCGUUUACGGCGGCUGAAUCUGAUUAACAGGCCCUGGGACUCGGGAGUUUAUAACCUACGUGCAGUUUCGUAUAAAAUUAACACUUGCGCUAUACAUAAUUCGUGGUA